AUGCCGGACUGGGCGAUCCAUAAAGUCGUCGAGCUCAAGGCUGAGCUAAAGCGGCGCGGGCUAGGUCAGGCAGGGUUGAAGGCUGAGCUGGUUGCGCGCCUUCAAGCCAGCGACGAGCAAACGACGGCCUCCCAGGAGCAGCAGCAGAAGGGGCUGGACGAUGCCGACGGCCGUGCACUUGUGAACGAGCUUGAUAACGUGGCGGAUACCGAGGAAGGUCAUGGUGAUGGCGUCAAACCUGCCACGGAAAUGAGACACGGUCAGCCUGCACCCACAGAGAACGAUGAGCAAUUGCAGCAACCUGCUGCCGUCGCACAUAUUGCGACUGUGGACCUUCAGGAGCCUAUGAUCGUCGAAAAUCAAGACAAUAACGACAGUAAGGCGGGCCAGUAUGCGCCCGGCGAACCUGCAGCGGAGUCUCUGUCGUCUCAGCUUGAUGCAGGGGAAUCUGGCAAUGACCAAGGCCCAGGGUCCACCCAUGAGACUAUUGACUCUGUGAUGGAGGAGCAGAAUCGCAAGAGGCGCUCUGCAAGCCCGACUCCCAAGGACGAGGCAGUGAAGCGCAGGCGCAUCGAUGAGUCUCUCAAAGACGCCACCGACAACAUCAUCCGGCCACGUGCCGGAGUUGGCGAAGAUAGUGCCGAGAACGCUGUACCAGAGAGUGGAGAAUCGCCACUUGUAGCUGAUGCUCCCAUCGAUACCCGUCGAUACGACGACGAGGUUUCAUCCGACGACGGUGGUGCAUGCGGCGCGCCUGUACAUGCGGCCACCUCGGCCCUCUAUAUCAACAAUCUCAUGCGGCCGCUCAGAGAAGCAGAGCUCGGGACCCAUCUGGCCGACCUAGCAACACCAGCGGGAGGCGUGCCCGACGAGAACUGCAUGGUAAAACUGUACGUGGACUCGAUCCGCACGCACGCAUUUGCUGUCUUCGACAACAUGUCAUCUGCUGCUCGAGUCCGUCGACGCCUUCACGGCCGCGUGUGGCCCCCGGAAAGCACAAGGAAAGCUCUCUCCGUUGACUUUAUCCCGGAAUGCAAAGUCGACGAGUGGAUUCGUAUCGAGCAGGAGGGCAGUACAAAACAGCAGCGAGGACACCGUUGGGAGGUUGUGUACCAAGGAAAGACAACCGGAGACCUUGCAGAAGCGGCAUUGCAGUCGUCAUUUAUCACCCCGUCCUCGCCGCUGCUUUCCACCAAUAGAGGCCUUGCAGGAGCGCUAGCUGGCACUCGCGGUCAUCAGCACCCCGUGGCACAGUCGGCCGAUUCCCAUCCGCCGCCCCCCCCAAGCUUUCCUGGUCAGGGACAGAGACGCGGCCCUGAAUCGCAGGCCAACGCUCACGAUGGCCGCUCUGGUGGCCAGAAGCGGACAAUGGCAACGCCGCCCAUUUCCUUCUCCGUGGCUCCUCGAAAUAUGGUCGAGCGCAGACUACGAGAAAUGCGAAGCUACUACGUCCGCAAUGAGACGAACCUUGGCCGCGAGAUAAACAGAAUGCACGACGUGGUGGCCGUGGUGGCCGACGACGUACUGGACGCGGCGGCAGAUUGCCUCCGCGAGGUCGACCAUUCCCUGGUGCGGGGGGGCAACGCUAUCACCCCUCAUGACGAGAAACCUGGCCAAGGGUUGACAUAA